AUGACCAAUUCUCCCAAUCCAUACAAGACGUAUGUCCCUUCGGUCCCCGCUGCCAUCAUUGCAGCAAUCGUCUUUGGUGUGUUGACGAUAGCACACACCUUCUUUCUGUUCAAGAAGAAACGAUGGUCUUCGAUCCCCAUCAUGAUAGGAGGCCUCUUUGAGGUGAUUGGUUUCCUGGCCCGGGCAGUCUCCCGCUACCACCUCGACGAGAAAGGUCCAUACAUUGUCCAAACGCUUCUCAUCUUCCUUGCGCCCAUCCUCCUCGCAGCAUCGGUCUAUAUGUUCUUAGGCCGCUUGAUCAUUGCCGCAGGCGGUCAAGCAUAUUCAUUCAUAAGAGUCAAUUGGCUGACGAAGAUCUUUGUCGCCGGCGACAUAAUCUGCUUCUUGGUCCAGGCUGGCGGAGCUUCAAUUCUGGUCAAUGCGACUUCCAAGUCCGCGAUCGACAACGCUCAAAACAUCAUUCUCUUUGGCUUGGCUCUGCAGAUUCUAUUCUUCUUCUUAUUUUUGUCGGUUGCAGUCGUUUGGCAAGUAAGAGUUCGUUCUCAGCCUCUCUGGAGAAUCUGCACCGAGUCGGGCUUACCGUUAGCUCGCAUGUUGUGGUCGCUGUACCUCGUUGGAUUCCUCAUCACCGUGCGCAGCAUCUAUCGCUUGGCGGAAUAUAAAGGAGGUCAAGAUGGCUAUCUCAUCACCCAUGAGUGGCCAGCAUAUAUGUUGGAUGCGUUUCUGAUGGCUAUCGUUAUGGCGGUUACAUUGGUUUGGUAUUCCGUGGAGUUGACGGGGAAGAAUGCGCAGCAGGGCCUCCGUCUCCGAGUAAUGAGCGACGUCUGA